AUGAGCGCAAGGACACGACGACAAAAGGCUUCCCUUGCCGCUGAGGAGAGCGAAGAUUCACCUAGCAAUGGCUCCGUGUCGACACCUUCAAAGCGCGCCUCCUCCAAGAAGAGGGCCAGAUCAGCCGCACGGGAAGAGAGCAAGGAGAGCAAGGAAAACAUCUUCCUUUUCACUCCGAAUCUUAUCGGAUAUUCCCGGGUCUUUUUGACCUUCGCCUCCCUAUAUUACAUGCCCCUCCACCCCCGGACCUGCUCCUUCCUCUACACGGUGUCCUGUCUGCUGGACGGUCUGGACGGUUAUGCAGCAAGAUACUUCAACCAAUCCACCACCUUCGGUGCUGUGCUGGACAUGGUGACCGACCGCUGCACUACCGCAUGUCUCCUUGUCUUCCUGAGCUCCGCCUGGCCCCGAUGGGCUAUUCUCUUCCAGGGUCUCAUCAGCUUGGACAUGGCCAGUCACUACAUGCACAUGUACGCUACUCUAAGCAUGGGCGGAUCCAGCCAGAGCCAUAAGAAGGUUGAUCCUAGCCGUAGCUGGAUUAUGUACCAAUACUACACCAGCAAGGUCGUUCUGUUCAUCUGCUGUUCUGCCAAUGAAGCCUUCUUUAUCGGCCUUUACCUCCUGUCUUUCUCCUCGCCAACCCUAUCCCCCUCGCUCCUACAGCCCGUCUCCGAUUCCCAGCUGUCCUCCGCCCAGCCCGGAAACCCCGCCCACCCCGAGCCAGCCAGUCUCUUUGCCAGUCCCUGGAGCGCCGGUGCCCUCGAGAUGGCGCGUGCAAACAAACUCGAGAGCACCUGGCCGUGGAUCAUCACAGGCAUCUCGUUCCCCAUCAUGGCCUUCAAGCAGUUCGUCAACAUUGUCCAGUUGGUGAACGCGAGCAAAUGGCUUGCUGAGGGCGAUCUCGCUGCCCGCCGAGCCAACCGCAAGAAGUAAAGGACUGGAAAUACGUCAAAGUUGGACGGUAGCUAGUCAAAUAUUCCGGUUCCUUCCUUGUUAUGCAUGUCUUUGGAGCUACGGUCUGUGUUUUCAGGGAUGUGCAAGUAGACAGCGCUAGGAGCUGUCCCUUCCUUCCUAGGGGAAUGGUUGGACUGGUAGUUGGACCCUACUCAUAAGCGUCUUGGACAGGAAUGAUGGCUUUUGGUGGCCAGGCAUGGUCCGGAUUCUGGGACCCUGUACAGUACACGCGGGUUGUG